AUGGCUCAGAACAACUUGACUGGCGCCUGUCUUUGCAGGAACAUCACAUAUCGCAUUACCUUGCCAGAUCCAGAGACAUACCCUAAGCUAAUCAUCUGCCACUGCACCCACUGCAAACGCUACACGGGCUCGAGCUUCUCUGCCAAUAUUAUCAUCCCACAGGCUAGUUUCGAGUACACGAAGGGUACACCAAAGCUGUAUACAGACAGCAGUAAGAGGGGUGUGCAGGUACUGCGCGAGUUCUGUCCUGAUUGCGGAACACCGUUCACGUCACGGUCGAGUGAUGAUGAGGAAGUUGUUGCGGUGAAGUCGGGGACGCUUGAUGAUGAGCAUCGAGUUAAGUGCUCGGAGUUGGAAAUGGAGAUUUAUUAUCAUCGGAAGGAUGGGUGGGUGGAUGGGUUGGGGGGUGAGGGGGUGAAGAGGGUGGAUGGGAGUAUGGGGAGUUCAUAG